AUGAGGCAUAUACACAUGUUCAAGUUCUACAAGUUAUAUGAUAUGGAUUGUGAAGAUCCAUUUAAGCCUGAGAAAGAUUUCUUUUUACCCAAUCCCAACGCAAGAGGAUAUGUCAUCACCAUGGAUUGUGAAUGGUUGAUACUAGCGAGAGGGCCUUCUCCUUCCAAGCUUUUGCUGGGGAUGUUGGCAUUUCAAGCCUCAUCUCGCACUCUUCAAGAUGCUUCAAUGAGGGAGAGGCAUGAGGAAUGGAUGGUUCAAUAUGGCAGAGUGUAUAAGGACACUCAGGAUAAGGAGAAGCGUUUCAGCAUAUUCAAGCAAAAUGUGGAAUAUAUUGAAGACUUUAACAAUGCUAAAACUAAGCCUUACAAGUUGGGUGUAAAUCAAUUUGCAGAUCUCACGAAUGAAGAAUUCACAGCUUGUAGGAAUAGAUUCAAGGGUCAUAUGUGCUCCUCAAUCUCAAGGACACCCUCUUUCAAAUAUGCAAAUGUAACUGAUGUGCCUUCCUCUGUGGAUUGGAGAAACCAAGGUGCUGUCACACCUGUUAAGAACCAAGGCGAUUGUGGAUGCUGUUGGGCAUUUUCUGCUGUGGCAGCAAUGGAAGGAAUCACUAAGUUGAGUACAGGUAAACUGAUCUCUUUGUCAGAACAAGAGCUAGUUGAUUGCGACACAGGUGUGGACCAAGGUUGUGAAGGAGGUUUGAUGGAUGAUGCCUUCAAAUUCAUCAUAAAAAAUAACGGUAUUACGUCUGAAGCCAACUAUCCUUAUAAGGGUGUUGAUGGAACCUGCAACGCCAAUGAAGAAGCCAAUCAUGUAGCUACCAUUAAGGGGUAUGAGGAUGUUCCUGCCAAUAGCGAGCAGGCAAUACAAAAAGUAGUGGCCAACCAGCCUGUUUCGGUGGCCAUAGAUGCAAGUGGAUCUGAUUUUCAGUUUUAUUCAAGUGGCAUUUUCACUGGUUCUUGUGGUACUGAGUUGGAUCAUGGCGUUGCUGCCGUUGGUUAUGGUGUCAGUAACAAUACCGAAUACUGGUUGGUGAAAAACUCAUGGGGAACAGAAUGGGGAGAAGAAGGACACAUUAGAAUGCAAAGAAAUGUGGCUGCUCAAGAAGGCCUUUGUGGCAUAGCAAUGCAAGCUUCUUAUCCCACUGCAUAA